GAACACUCACAUAGGCCGCUGACGCUCGCUACUGCAUCCUUUUCUUCACACUAGCGACGAGGUCCAUACAUAGAUAUUCCUCUUCAAUUAUUUUUUCGUCCGUUCUUAGCUCGGCAAGAUCGGCUUGCGGGCUUCAUGGCGGACGCUGCGGACAGUCUCCUACUCACGCUGGAGGUGGAGGCGGCAGCGGCGCGCAACGCAGAGUUGAGCUGCACCGUAGAGGCCCUGCAAGAGGAGGUACAGCAACUGCGUGGGCGGUCCCUCCCCUCUGUCACUUCCUCUCCCAAGCAAACGGUGAGCAACAUCCCUUCAGCGCCUGUCAGGCCAACGCCGCCACCGGUCGAUGAACCGCGUGAGGUGUUUCUCGCCCUCGACGACCUCCUUUUCGAGGUGGCCGACAUCCGCUCGCACCUGCUGUCCACCACCUACGUGGACCUGACUUCGCGUACCUUCGACCCCGACACGACGGUGACCGCGCGUGCGUUGCGUUGCGUCGCGGAGGUAAAGAAAUUAAAAGAGGCGCUCUUGGUUUCUCAGCAGAGCACCAAUGUGCAAAUUAUGGAGUUGCGGCGCGCACUCGGGGACCAAAUCGCAGCGAAUGAGCGUCAACAGGCGCACUUCGCCGUGCAGCGUGCAAUGCUAGAGCGUCGCUGCGAUGAUCUGCAGCGGCAGUGUGACGAUGUCCUUGCGAAACAGGGCGAAAAGGUAUUGAAUCGUGUCAUUCAAUCUCCUGCCGUGCACAAUGAGAAGCAUGAGCAGCGUGGCGAUGCCGGCGCUGGCGGCCCGCCUUAG